UCCUUAAUCCAGGAUUACAUGGAGGCCACCAAAAAAAGGAACGCAGCACCCUCAGGGCCAGGGGUUGAGGGCCCCAUCAAACAGAGGAGGCUGGAGGAGACAAAAGCCUCCCAGAAGUCGAUGGACCUGGCUGUGGUUAACUUCAUAGUGGAUGGCUUGCACUCUUUUGGAGUCGUAGAACAACCAGCAUUCAUUAAGCUAUUGCAAAAUCCUUCUUCCAACUACAGUGUCAUGUCGAGAACAACACUACGCAAUUAAAUCGAAAAACAUGCCAAAAUGAUGAAGGAAUCUGUGAAGAAUACAAUGCAACAGAUUGAGUACAUAGCCACGACUACGGACUGUUGGACAGCCCACAGACAGAGUUUUCUGGGCGUCACUGCCCACUGGCUUGACCCAGAAAGUCUUCAGAGGCAGUCUGCUGCGCUAGCGUGCAGAAGACUUAAAGGCUCUCACACCCAUGACUUGUUAGCAAGUUCCCUAGAUGAGAUACAUACAGAGUAUAGCAUUCGAGGGAAGAUUGUGAGGACCACUACAGAUAAUGCCUCAAACUUUGUAAAGGCCUUCAGAGUUUUUGCAUCUGAGAAUGAAAAUGCUGUCGACAGUGAGGAAGAUGAUGAGGAUCCAGAAGAGGACACCGAAGCUGUAGACGUUGAGGCACUGUUGGAGGAAGAAGAUGAUUCCUUCCAAUAUCAACUUCCCAAGCAUCACCGCUGCACCUGUCAUCUAAUUAAUUUGAUCGCCACGGUUGAUGCAAAAAAAGCAGAAACGAAUAUUGGGUACCGAAAUAUCUGCCGUUCAGCGUUUGCCAAAUGCUUUGGCUUAUGGAACAAGAGUGCCCGUUCAGCUACUGCUGCAGAAAUCAUCGAAAAGGAGUGCAAACUCCAACUGAUUCAUCCUGUGGAGACAAGGUGGAACUCCUACUUCUUAGCUGUGGAGAGGGUUCUGAGAAUCGUCAGAGAAAGUGGUGAAGGUGCCAUCAGAGCCGUUACCAUCGCUCUUAAAGUCCCCAUGUUCAGCCCUGCCGAGCUUGAAUUCCUUGCCGAGUAUGCUGCCGUCAUGAGCCCAGUCUCUAACGCAUUAAACAUCCUUCAGGGAGAGGCUAUCCACAUGGGAUGGCUGGUGCCAACCAUAACGAUUCUGACUGAGAAAUUGAACAGACUUCAAGCUUCAAGCAAGUUCUGUCAACCACUGGUCGUGACCCUGCAAGACGGAAUACAGCGGAGAUUCAGUGAUAUGCUUGCUGACCCUGAGCUCAUUGCAGCUUCAAUCCUGCUUCCAAAGUUUCGCAGUUCAUGGACCAGAAAUGAGGACUUGCUGAAGUUGGGCAUGGACUACAUAAAGACACACAUGGAGAGUUACACAGCUACAUCCACACCUAACCUUUCGGGGUCAGAUGAGGUCGACGACUUCUGUUUUUCGAUGGGAAAUGCAUCAGAGACAACUCAUCAGCUCGAUGUUUAUAUGGCCAGCUCGGUUACAUCAAUGGACAUUCUGAAGUCAGUGCCUGCACUUCUUAAGUUAUCACUCAAACUUAACACACCCUUGCCUGCAUCUGCAGCCUGCGAGCGACUUUUUAGUACUGCAGGACACAUUUUCUCUGCAAAGAGAGGCAGGCUUAGCUCAAAGAAUUUUGAGAACCAACUGCUGUUAAAAUUAAACAAAACACACUGGUAAAGUAGGCAGCAUUUUGGUAUUUGGU